AAUAGCACUAAAUUAGGGAUUUAGGGUACACGACUCAAUUCAUCAGCAGCCGCAGUGUCUAUACUCGCAGCUUGCCCACUCACCAAAACCCAGAAGAAGAUCAAAGUGAAGAAUUUCCUUUCCAUCUCUCUCUCUCGGCUCCGGCAGAUUCACUCCGCACGUAAAUUCCCAAUUCAACUCCAUAUUAUGACUGUGUUAAUAUAUAUAUGUUGUUAAUGUUAAUUUUAGCUGUUAGAUCUGAAGACUUUGUGAUUUAAUGUUAUAUGAGAAGUGGGUCUUGAGUAUUUCUGUCAAUUUUGUUUAAGUAUGGAUGCUGCUGGCGUUAUUGGGGACACUAAUUCAGGACCUCAGGAUGAGAUGGAGUUUGAUUCGAAUGAGGCAGCGUACGAGUUUUACAAGGAUUAUGCAAAAUCUGUGGGUUUCGGUACGGCUAAAUUGAGUAGCCGCCGCUCCCGAGCGUCAAAGGAAUUUAUUGAUGCAAAGUUUUCGUGUAUUAGGUAUGGAAACAAGCAACAAUCAGAUGAUGCAAUCAACCCACGCCCAUCUCCGAAAAUAGGGUGCAAAGCAAGCUUGCACGUUAAAAGAAGGCCAAAUGGAAAGUGGUUCAUUCAUAGUUUUGUUAAGGAACAUAACCAUGAACUCUUGCCGGCACAAGCACAUUUUUUCCGGAGCCAUAGAAGUGCUGAUCCGCUUCAGAAUGAUGCUAAAGCAAGAAGAAGAAAGAUCUUAACUGCAUUAUCCAAACAGUAUGGUGCAUAUCACUACACAGGUUCAUUAGAGAAUUAUACUCGAAAUCAGCAUGAUAGGGGACGUAAUUUGAAUUUAGCGGAGGGAGAUGCUCAGGUUUUGCUGGAACUUUUUGUCCAUAUGCAGGAAGAGAACCCAAAAUUCUUUUAUGCUGUUGACCUGAAUGAAGAGCAUCGACUAAGAAACAUAUUUUGGGUUGAUGCCAAGGGGAUGGAUGAUUACUCCAACUUCAGUGAUGUAGUUUCUUUUGACACUACGUAUUUCACAAACAAGUAUAAGGUACCAUUGGUUCUUUUCAUUGGAGUGAACCAACAUGUACAGCCCACUGUGUUUGGUUGUGCAUUGAUUACAGAUGACACUUUUUACACAUUUUCGUGGUUGAUGCAAACAUGGUGUUUGUCGAUGGGUGGCCAAGCUCCAGGAGUGAUACUAACUGACCAAAAUAAUGCCUUGAAAGCAGCUAUAGCAUCAGUCUUUCCGGAAACACAGCACCGUUAUUGUUUAUGGCAUAUAUUGGAGAAGAUUUCUGGGCAGUUUAAUUAUCUUGACCUAUGGCAUGAUUCUCAGGGGAAAUUUAGUAAAUGUAUAUACAAGUCACUGACUGAACAACAAUUUGACAAACGGUGGUGGAAACUGAUUGACAGAUUUAACCUUCUACAAGAUGAAUGGAUGAAAUCACUCUAUGAAGAUCGCAAGUUGUGGGUUCCCACAUUUACAAGUGGUAUAUCUUUUGCUGGGUUGUCUCCCGCUUCUCGAGCUGAGAGUUUAAAUUCUUUCUUUGACAAGUACAUUAAUGUUGAAACCUCACUGAAAGACUUUGUGGAACAGUACAAAGUAGUUCUUGAAGACAGGUACGAAGAACAAGCCAAAGGAGAUUUUGAUGCCUGGCAUGAGCCACCAGAAUUGAAGUCUCCUUCACCUUUUGAAAAGCAAUUAUUAUUAGUAUACACUCAUGAAAUUUUUAAAAAAUUUCAAGUAGAGGUUUUGGGAGCAGCUGCAUGUCAUCUAAAGAAAGAAAAAGAAUAUGAAGGUUUAGUAUCUUACAUAGUUAAAGACUUUGAAGAUAAUGAAGAGUUUAUGGUGGAGUGGAAUGAAUUGAAGGCAGAGAUAAGCUGCUCAUGCCGUUCAUUAGAGUACAAAGGUUAUCUUUGCAGACAUGCAGUUGUGGUUCUUCAGAUGUCUGGUGUUUUUAGUAUCCCACACAAAUAUAUAUUGCAACGAUGGACUAAUGCUGCUACAAGCAAGUGCUGUAUUUAUGAAAAGUUUGAUGAUGUACAAUCCAAGGUUCGUCGUUUUAAUGAUUUAUGUCGUAGAGCUAUAAUAUUGGGUGAAGAAGGGUCGCUAUCUCAAGAAAGUUAUAAUAUUGCACUAGGUGCCAUAAAAGAAGCUCUGAAACAAUGUUCAGAUGUUAAUAAUUCUGUUAACAGCGAGUUGAGGAUCAACACAUCUGUUCAUCUUGCUGUUCCUCAAAUGGAGGAAGACGACCACGUUAGUCCGGGAAUACCAACUGAUCCGGCUCCUGUUACUAAAGUAAAUCGGACAAAUAAAGCUCCUAAGAGAUGAGAUAGUGGAAAGGAAAAGGCAAAUACUGAUGUAUAGGGAGGAAUUGGUUUUGAUCAUCGUCUGGCAAUGGCUAUACCUGACAAGUGGAUUGAUUACUUGAAAAAUAAGGAAGAUAAAGAGUGGUCUAUGGAGGAAAUAUCAUGGAGUUUGACUAAUAGGAGAUACACAGAGAAGUGUAUAGCUUAUGCUGAAAGUCAUGACCAGGUAUACAUCUCAUGUCCUGGUUUGUCUUAGAUAAAAUUAAAAUUUCACAUUGAUGUUUAACCUCAUUUUUGGUGAUUAUUAGUUAAUGGGGUUUAUUUAUGUGCAUAUAUUUAUAUCAAUGUGCGUGUAAAUUGUAAUUAUUUCUUGUGUUUUCGGGUUUCUUAAAUUGUACUUGGUUUGUGCUUAGUUUGUGUUUCGGUUGACAGGUCUGCUUGUGUUAUCUAUAUGAAUGUACAAGAAUGUUUCAAGAUUGUCAUUAUUUUUCUUA